AUUUCGAGCGUGUUUGGAGCAAUUGUGUGUGGUAUGGAAAUGGCUGGGUGGAAGAAAUGCUUCUUUGGAGAAUAUCGUAUGCUUUUCUGUGCACCUCAUCUGGCAUCUUCUAUCAGUCGGUGAGAGUCUUUCACGGCGAAUAGUGGACUAUUGUUGGCGUUUUUAUGCCUCUCCAACAUUUGAAAUUUACAAUAAAAAAUUGUGUUGCAUCGAAGAUUGUUUAUUUGUGAAUUUCUUUAGUCGCUCAGUUCUUUUUCCAACCAAUAUCGUUUUGUCCGCGCGAUAGGAAGUAACAACUGUGAGCACUGUGGAUUUUAAUUCUCACCAUUUGGGAUUUUAUCCAUCGAUCCUCAGGAGGAUUUUCAUUUCUGCAGAAAGGAGUUAAAAUUGCAGAACGGAGGACCCAACAUGAACUGGAUUUUCUGGGUGACUCUUAGUACUGUGGUGUGCGCUUCAUGGGCGGAAUCCCUGUCGGCUCCAAGCAAUGAAAUAGACACACCAACAGUCCGGAUAGAUCCCGUCCUGAGGAAGGCUCUCCUCAAAGCCCUAAGCAAUCUCGAGCGUGAAGAGCUGGAGGACGAGAACACCACCACAGAACGAGAGGCAUCAACCACACAGUCUGAGGAGUUGCUCGAAGAGAGCACAUCAUCAGACCACAAGCCCCCACUGGUCCAGUAUCAUACCUACAUCAUCGAUCGCAAUAGCAGCACUCGGGACAGCGACAGUGACACCAUCUUCCAGACCAUCAUACUUCCCAAAACUACUCUGUCACCGCCGAAGCAGGAUAAAUCCGAGAAGAAGAAGAUCGUUUUCAGUGUGCCCGAUCCCGUGAAAGACAGUGACAUCAAGAUUGAGACCGUUCAGCUGGCCAGGAGUGUCACAGCUAAUGUGCAAGCCAAUGAAAUCCUAGAUGACCGACAAAUUGGCAAAACCACUCCGUCAAAGGAGCUGCUGAAGAGCACGUCAACAACAACCAUUCCGUCCACAACCACAGCAGUCACAACGACAACAGAGGAGCCUGUAACCAAUGAAUAUGGCGAAAAUAUCGAGAAAGUCCGUGAGGUGCAAAUCCAUCAGGCUCCUCUUGUUGCAGCCUUCAGUGUCCAGCAUGAUGAGCAAGGCUUGCCCAAGAGAGUUGUGCCCAUUUACAAGCAAAUUGAACAACAAUCAGCAACAACAGUUCAAUCCGUUCCUGCCAUCCAGACUCUUCCGCAGUCCUCUGUUAAGCCAACUCCUAACACCUAUCAACAGGCUCUGGAGAUCAAGCAACGAGAGCUUGAGGAGAAGAUCGCUUUCCUCCAAGCACAGCAACGACAACAGGAACAUCUUCUACGACAACAUCAACUUUAUCAGGAAUCACAAAAUCUUCAGCGUCAACAACAGAUUCUCCUUGAGCAGCGUCUUCGUCUGGAAGAGCAGAGACUUCGUCAGCAACGCUAUGAACAAGAACAGCGAUUGUUCCGACUGCAACAGAGACCUCCGAUUUCCCUGAAUCGUCCGAAUUCUGACAACAGUGUUCAACUGCUGUCUAGCGUUUCUCUGACACCUCCCACGGGUAUUCUGUUGGAACAGCAGCUUCCAGUCAAAGAACCCACCAACUUCCGUGGCCCUCAGCAUAUCUUCUCACAACCUCCUCACCUAUCUUCAACACUUCAAGCUCCCCAUAGACCCUUCUCGAGUUUCCACCCUCAUAGUCAACCACCAUCCUUCCAGCCACCAAAUACUUUUCACUCAGGUGGAGACAGGACCCGAGUAUUUCGUCAAGACAGUGAAACGGGUAACUUUGGAUUCAACAACAACAACUUCCAACAGCAGCAGCAGCAACUGAGACAACUGUCUCCUGCACACAAUGCCAAUCAGCAGCUUCAGAAUCUUUUGUAUCAGUCGGGUAUCUCAGGUAGAUCACAGGAGGAAGAUCUUAACAUUAUCACACGGGUUUUGGCUCUAAAUCAUGGCAUUACAGCGCCCCUCAAUGGCUUCGUCAACGGACGACAGCAGAACUUUGUGUAGGGGCUAAGCCUUAUUGGGCCAUGCACUGAUAGAUCUAAGAACUGUUGAACUAAUUCAACUUUAUGGCAGAUUUAGCAAAAUUUACAUUAAGGAGUUUUUCAACUACAUCUGCCCUGAAGUUGUCUAAUACGCUAUAAUCAAAUCAAUAGUUCAAAGGUACUCAGUGCCUAAGGGAUCCACUAUCAGGAAGUAAAAUUGUGUUUUAGCGAUUUUUCGUCCUCUCCCGCUCUGGCCCAGGAUAAAUAACAUGCAAAAUAUAUUUGAGUCAUCAUCAAAUCCUCAUUUCCCCGAAGUCACAUUUAGAGCAAUUUUUGUCCCCAGGCACUAUUGAAAAGAAGACAAAGUGAUUUGGAGGAACAAGUCGUGCGAGCCAUGCUAAGAAAAAAAAUCAUGGGAGAGAGAUGCAGAUGGAUAAUUGCCACAUUUUUUUCUCGAAAAAAUAAUGUUUAGCUUAUUAUAUAUUUAUUAAGUUGUAUAAUUUAAGAGGCAAAGACGUUGCGCUGGAGAAAGAUCAAAACGAGAGCUAAUUAGAGAGAUAUUUAAAUGAGAUGAUGUUUUUAAUAUGAUUUAUUCAAAUGACUCAAAACCGUAAAUUUGACUGCUUUUACAUCUACCUACAACAUCAAAUAGUUAAAUGUUUUAAAGACAAUCCAUUAAGAAAUUGUUAUUUCUCUGUACAAAAAAAAAUAAAGAAAUAUACUCAUGAAUAAA